UGUGCAGUACAGUGCUGCAGUGUGCACGAGCCCAACCCGCAGCCAGCCACUGUCCCCUGCGCCGCGCCAACUCCAAACCCUAGCGGCGGGCCGCGGGGCCCCGUCGGCGGGGACCUUCCGCCGCUUCAGGCGGCUGAGAUCUCCGUCGGCGCCAUCCAUUCCAUCCGCCCCCUCGUCGGUUUCUCUCAUCGCCUCGUCUCGGCCUGUUUCCCCUCCCGCCGACUCCGCACCGCGAGUCCGCGAGCCAGGCAACCAGCAACCAAUCCGACUAGGAUUUGGGCAGCAGGGCGAUUGGCGGCGCGCGACAAAGGGACGCACGGCGGCUGGCCGGAGCUGGCGGCGGCGACGCCGACUCGGCAAGGAAGGGGGGUGCGGGCGCGAGCCGCGAGGCGGCGAGGGAGGGAGGCGCGGGGUUAGAUGCGGCGAGCCGUUUGGUGUUCGCCGUCCAACGCCAACCAGCGCUAGCGCUCGAGGCCUGAAGCAGCAGACUCCCGCGCGGCGGCGCUUGGCCCCUCAAGGCCAUCCGAAGUCACCAGGGACAGGGAUACAGCAGCUCCUACAGCAGCCCAGAUCACGGAUGAAGAUUGGAGAGAAUCUUUGGCAUGCAAAGCGAUUUCUGCAUAUGCCACUGCUUGCGUAGAUUCUUAAAAUCCUGCAGAUCAUCUUAAGGGGACCUUUGUGUUGGUUAUAUCUUAGAAGGAGUCAUGGGAAGAGGACAAAUCGUUGCUGUUCUUCAAGUAGGUGGAGAAUUUUCAACGGAUGAUGAUGGGCAUAUGUCCUAUUAUGGUGGAGAGGCACACGCAAUGCAUGUAAAGAGUGAUUGGACUUUUAAAAUGUUCAAACAUGAGAUAUCUUCAACACUCAAUAAUCUCAAACUUGAUUCCUAUGUGUUCAAGUAUUUCCUUCCAAGAAAUGACAAAACCUUGAUUUCAAUCUCAAAUGACAAAGACCUGAGGCGGAUGGUUGACUUUCACGCGGAGUCAGAAACAACAUACAUUUAUGUCAUGAAGAAGGCUGACAACAGGUUGAAGAGCUCGAUAUCAGACUCUGGCACUCCUGCAGAUUCUGCUAUCAUAGCUACUACUCCAGAUGGAUCCAAGCGGCAAAAGAUUUGUGCAAGUUGGGAGAAUGCGAUAACAGGAGUUGGUCAAGUGUUUGAAGGUCCAAAGGAAUUCCGUGAUGCAUUACACAAGUAUGCCAUUGCACAUAGGUUCCAUUACAGAUUUGUUAAGAAUGACUCUUCGCGUGUAACCGCAGAAUGUACUGACGAAGGAUGUACGUGGCGUAUACAUGCAUCAAAAUCUCAUGCAAAGGAGUUCGCGAUCAAGAAAGUCUUUGGGACUCAUACUUGUGAAUCAGAGACCAUCAAAAGUCAUCGUUUGGCGUCUCAAAAAUGGGUUGCUAGUGUUAUUAAGGAAAAAAUACGUGAUAGUCCAAACUACAGGCCAAGAGAUAUUGCCAAUGAUCUCCAACGUGAAUACGGAUUGUGUCUGAACUACUCCCAAGCUUGGCGUGGCAAAGCAAUAGCCCGAAAAGAACUUUACAGCUCACAUGAAGAGGCAUGCAAUCAGCUUCCUUGGUUUUGUCAAAGGAUCGUCGAGACUAACCCUGGAAGUGUGGCUACAUUAGAGGCCUUGGAAGAUUCGAAGUUCCGUUUCUUUGUUGCAUUCCAUGCCUCCCUUCAUGGUUUUGAGCAUGGUUGCAGGCCCCUUCUCUUCCUUGAUGUGAUAUCUGUGAGGUCAAAUAAGCACUGGAAGCUAUUAGCUGCUACUUCAGUUGAUAGUGAAGGUGAUAUCUUCCCUGUUGCACUGUCUGUAGUGGAUGAUGAGAGUCAAGAAAAUUGGCAUUGGUUUCUUGAGCAGCUAAAAGCUUCAUUACCUGCACUAGGAGCAAUAACUUUCAUAUCGAAUGGUAAGAAUGGUUUAUGGGACAAGGUUUCUCUCUUAUUUCCAGAUAGUUGUCAUGGAUAUGAUGUCAAUUGUUUUGUUGAAGAAUACAAGAAACAGUUGGAUGACAGUUGGAGUGAAGAAGUAAAAGAUACAAUGGUUGAGCAUCUUAAGAAAGCUAUUUAUUCUUGCAAAGUUGAUGAAUUCAAUCAGUACGUUGAACUCAUCAAAGCUGAAUCUGACAAACUUGCUGAAUGGCUUUUAGAAACUAAACCUGAACGGUGGUCAGAUGCCUUUUUCAAGGGGUCACGACUUGGUCAGUACACGUGCAAUGUUUCUGAGACCAUUGCUGAGUGGAUCCCCAGCAGAUAUGAGCUCUCAGUAGUGCAGUUGGUUGACACAAUCAGAUGCAACCUAAUGGAGAUGAUGUAUGCACGAAGGGAAUCUUCCAAUGCCUGUACAGAACUUCUAACACCAUCAGCCAAUCAGAAACUUCAGGAACAGAUGAACAAAGCUCUCACACUCAAUGUUGUCUGCUCGACUGGAAGUGAUGGAAACAGUCAUGUGUUUGAGGUGUGUGAUGACUCGGUCCAUGUUGUUAACAUUAAUACACGGGAGUGCACUUGCAGAAAAUGGAAUGUGUCCGGGAUUCCUUGCUCGCAUGCAAUUGCAGUUUUUGACCGUACUGAACAGUGUCCACUUGAUUACUGCGACAAAUAUUUCACAACGGAAUACUACCGCUGGACUUAUGCAAUGUCCAUAAAUCCAAUACCUGAUGUUCUUGUACCUACUGUAGCAGGUGACCCAUCGCAUGGCACAAUAUUACAUUUGAGCCCAAUUCUAACCCGGAGGCAAGUUGGCCGACCAAAGGAAAAGCCUGCUGAUCCACGCAUUGCAAUCAAAAGGGCGGUGCGCUGCAGCAGGUGCAAGGGCUAUGGGCACAACAAAGCAACUUGUAAAGUCCCCAUCACUGCAUAAGUUGCCCUUGCUAUCAGUUCUCAAAUGUAAAUUAUGUGGUAGUCACUUUCUCUGUCCUUAUGAAGUAUGAACUCCAGUUGAACCUUCAUGUGAAAUGACAUCGUUUAUCAGUUAGCUUGUUAGCAUUGUCUUGUUUGUUGAUUAUAUGCUGCGAAGCAGUGUUUUUAUUGCUGCCGUGCUUGAGCUUGGGCUAGCAUUAUUCAUAACCAAAACUCCAAUAUUUCCA